AUGGGUAAUAAACGCAAGAGACCCGCCAAAGACAGUCCAACGCGGGCGAAGUCAUCACCACAACAACCUUCCAGUAUCUCAUCACACCACUUAAAAGCCAGCGGCAACCAAGCCCCCAGUACAGCCGAAACCUCCCAUCCGAUAAUUUCCCUGUACUACCGGCAAGUGGUGACAUUGCGGCAGUACAUUCUGCAGCGCAUCCCGAAAUCAUCCAAGUCGCGUCGGCGCAGAAUCGCAGCGGUGCGUGGCGGCGAUGGCGAUGUAGCGGGGAGCCUCGGCGAUCCAGGCACUGGGAAAACUCAGAAUCGAGACCUGGCCAAUAUCCUAGAUACGACCCUUGUGGGGAUAUGGAAAGAACUGCCGCCUACGCAAAGCCAGACACGGCGGCGGGAUUUUGUUGCGUUCUCGCAAGCGCAAAGCGCAGCCGCGAGUCAGCUUGGUACUGAUACUGGACCCGCGAGCCCGCAAUCAGAGGUUGUGGAUUUUGUUAUCUCGUCCGUCUUCGCUCAGAGAGACGUCUUCCAGGGCAGACCGGAAGACAAACACCUGCUGAGCCAUGGGUACAGGCGGGCGAGUCGUGGACUCCUCUGCACUAUCCCUAAUGUCGAGUCUUACUACUCCAACAAGAACGUCCGAAUGCUUAAGCAAUCGCCGUGGCCGGAAGUUCUUGCUUUGCUGGGAGGCAAUGGCGACGAGAUCAUGUUGAAGCUUUUACUUGACUGUGGGCUGUUUGUGGCAGUAGAUGCGAGGAAGGACGUCUAUUGCCAAAUAAGUGGACUUCCACUGUCAAGCCUUAAGCCCAUACGAGCCUCGCCAGAAAAAGACUCUGCUAACGGGGAUGAUAACACUUUGUCUGUUAAGAAAGACCCUACUUUCCAGGGCCCGACUGCCCAAACCAAACCAGACACGAAGCAACUAAAAGCUGGGGGAAACGACAAUCGUUUAAAACCUAACGCGAUUGUAUUUUGCCGGCAACGCAUGUUAUACGCCCGCCCUCAACUAGGUACAAAGAGCAAAAUCGUAUUCGGCCUACCAAAUCACGUUCUCAGUCGGUUUCCUUCAUCUAGAUCGCUGCAACAUACCGUGCAUGUGAUGAAGUAUGUUUUCCCGCGACAGUUUGGCCUCCAUAGUGUAUGCACGACUUGGUCGAACUAUCGCGAUAACCCUUUAUUUAAAAACUAUUCUUCUCGAGAGGACGAAAUCGCCAGCAAGGAAGGGCUGGGACUUACUCGGCACCAACAACGUGCGGGCGCGACUGGAACUGAUGGGGCUGCCGAGAUUACUUCUGAGCAGCAGGGGUCGGUUAAGAUACCAAGAAGGCUUCGGGGAAGAGCCCUAGAACUGGUGCGCCAGCUGCAAAACAGACAUCGACGUUGCUGUUAUAGUAGCCUUCUUCGGUACUACUGCUCUGAACAGUUUUCUGAUCAUUGUACCUUGGGGCAACCCAGUGUUGAAACCGAAACGACAUCCACUGCUGAACCUUCAGGCUCAGGCCAACUUAUAACUCAGCCCUCAGUCGCUUAUCCGGACAUGCCAAGCACUCUUCAAGCCUCCGAUAUGCCCUCGACAUCGAAUUCUGGAAGAAAGCGCAAACGGCGGGGCGCUCCUAGGCCAAAGGUGAACUUGACUGACCAUGCUACCCCAGCCGCGUCUAUAUCAGCCUUCUGUCGAGCCGUCAUUCAAAAUCUGGUCCCAGCUGGGUUCUUCGGAACCGGUGAGCAGGGCGCCAUCCACCAGAAUAUCAUCCUCCGUCAUGUCGAUAGGUUCAUACACAUGCGUAGACGUGAAAGUCUGAGCCUGCAUGAGAUCUGUGAGGGUAUAAAGAUCACGCAGAUACCCUGGCUCGAACCUCACAACCUUAGUGAUAGGCCUUCAGAAGACAAGAUCUCAGCUUCUGACCUGCAGAAACGCAGAGAGUUAUUCCAUGAAUUCCUGUACUAUCUGUUCGAUUCCAUAUUACUCCCCCUCAUUAGGGGAAACUUCUACGUGACCGAAUCACAAGUACACCGACAACGCUUGUUCUAUUUCCGACAUGACGUGUGGCUCCGACUUACCACACAGCCAUUGGCGAAUCUAAGGGCUUCCAUGUUCGAGGAGUUGACGCCAAUGAAGGCGCAAGAGUUAUUGUAUGGUAAAAAAUCACUCGGGUACGGCUCGUUGAGACUACUCCCCAAGUUGACGGGGAUCCGACCGAUCCUGAAUUUGAAACGGCCCACCCAAGUCAAGAGCGGUUGGGGGGGCCAGGCGCGAUAUAGCUAUGUACAAAGUGUGAACUCGGCAAUCGCGCCUGUCCACAACAUGCUCAACUAUGAGAGAACCAGACGAGGCGAUAUACUUGGUUCUGGUAUGCUCUCCGUGAAAGACAUUCACUCCCGACUGAAGGGGUUUAAGAAGACCUUGGCCGGUAAGGGUUUGAACUCGCAGACACCGCUUUAUUUUGUGAAGCUAGACAUUCAAUCUUGCUUCGAUACCAUACCGCAGCAGAGCCUUGUGCGUCUUAUCGAGAAGUUGGUCUCCGAAGAAGAGUAUAACUGGAUGAAAUACGUGGAAAUGUGCCCCAGAAAUUACUUUGGUGACAUGUGGCCGUCACAGAAUCAGGGAGGACAUAGCAAGCCAUGGAGGAAAUUUCUUGAGAGAUUCGCCUCGCUAGCUAAACCAGAGCAUCUAACAGAUGCUAUUGCUGGCGCGAAUAUGGCGGGGAGAAGAAACAGUGUCUUUAUCGACACGACGACCAAAAAGAAGAACUACAGCAGCGAGGGGUUGCUUGAUAUUCUCAACGAGCACGUCCAGAACACUCUAGUCAAGAUAGGGAAGAGGCUCUUUCGGCAACGGAAUGGUAUCCCGCAGGGUUCGGUGAUGUCUAGUCUUCUUUGCAAUCUGUUCUACGCAGAGAUGGAGCGCAACGAGCUCGGUUUCCUACAGACAGACGAUGCCCUCUUUCUUCGGUACGUCGACGACUUCUUACUCAUUACCUUGGAUUCCGGCGUUGCGAUGGACUUCCUACGGGUGAUGCUCAGAGGACAGCCGACUUACGGCGUCUCUGUCAACCCAGCAAAGAGCCUGGUCAAUUUUGCAGCAUCCGUAGACGGCAUGCAAAUCCCGCGAAUCAUCGACACAUCGCUCUUUCCCUACUGUGGGUGUCUCAUUGAGACGCAAACGCUAGAGAUCUUCAAAGACCAGAACCGAAUGCUUGACGGCGCCGAGUCAGCAGCUGCCGCGCUCAGUGACUCCCUAGUCGUCGACUCUGGGCGAAACCCCGGGCGGUACUUCCACCAGAAGAUCCUCGGGUCGGUCAAGCAGUCCCUACACCCGAUGUACACAGACACCGCGCACAACUCGCUGCAUGCCGUCCUCCUAAACAUAUACAAGGCGCUUGUGGGCGCCGCGAUGAAAAUGUACCGCUAUACCCGGUCCCUACCCACCCGGGCGCAUCCACGCCCUGAGGUCGUGGUGCGCAUCAUCCGUGACGCAACGCAGCUGGGAUAUCGACUGAUUCGAGGCCGGCAUGGGCGUUGCAAGGUCACCUAUCAUCAGGUGCAAUAUUUGGGGGCGGCAGCGUUUCAAUUUGUGUUGGGGCGGAAGCAGACACGGUAUGCGGACGUGCUGUGUUGGCUUGACGGGACGAUGGCAGAAGCGCGGGAAAGCAGCCCAGGGAGUGGUGCGCUGCUGGCGCAGGUAGCGCGGACGGGGAAUCUCACGUAUGGGGGGUGGCGCUUUUGA